UCCAUGUUUGUACCCUAUCAUUCUCCCAAUAGAAAUUUUUCUCCUGCCAAUUCAUAUCUACAUACUUAAGGCUCUCCAACUUCACCACUAUUCAAUGAUCGAUAUUCUUCUCAACAUCGACAAGACUCAAAUAUCUACUGUAAACAUUUAAACAACAUCCUAAUAGUUAAAUCCAAUGAACCUGUUUCUAGUUCUUAUUUCCCAGAACAAUCAAACAUAAUUAGACAAAAGAGUCAUUUUUCAAAAGCAAACAAAAGUCCAUAGAAAGAUCAAAACAUAUCUCACAAAAUCGAAUAUAUUGAUGGCCUCACAUAUUAUGGUGAAACUAAGGAUUAAAUGAGGCAUGGUAAAGGUACACUCUACAGUUCUGACAAUCAUUUAAUUUAUAUCGGAGAAUGGAAAGACGAUAAAUAUCAUGGAUUAGGAAUUUUGAAUAAAGGAAAUAUCAGAUACAAAGGUUAUUUUGAAGAAGGCUUUGUAAGUGGAGAAGCUAUUGAAGAAACCAAAACUUUUAAAUUUUAUGGUUUCUUUAAAAAAGGUAAGAGAAAUGGUCCAGGAUCUCUCUUGAGUAGAAAUUAAGUAACACAAGGCAUUUGGAAGGAUAACAUUAUUUAAGAAGUUUGUUGA